AUGUUCCUCCAACGCUCUGCCAUCGCUGCCGCAAGGCGAUCUGUCCCUCGCGCCAUCGCCAGGCGCACUUUCACCAGCUCUUUCGUCCGACGUGAUGCGAGCCAGAAGCCCACCGAGGCUGGCCACUCUGGCACUGCUCCCAGUGUUGUCGAAGGCUACAAGACUCUCGAUCAAAUCAAGUCCGAGGCCGACCUCUUUGGUCCUGGUGCUAAGGUCGGAACCGUCCCCACCGAUAUCGAGCAGUCUACCGGUUUGGAGCGUCUCGAGAUUUUGGGAAAGAUGCAGGGUGUUGACGUUUUUGAUAUGAGGCCAUUGGAUGCCAGCCGUGUUGGUACCCUCGAGGACCCCAUCGUUGUCAACUCCGCCGGCGAGGAGCAGUACGUUGGUUGCACUGGAUGCCCCGCCGACUCCCACAACGUCCUCUGGAUCACUUUGACCCGCGAGGAGCCCGUCAGCCGCUGCAUGGAGUGCGGUUCAGCAUACAAGAUGCACUACGUCGGCCCAGCCGAGGACCCCCAUGCCCACGACCACGGCCACGGACACCACGGCAAGUUCAUGUAUUCUAACAAUCGGGAGAACCCUCACCCCAAGCCAAAGAACAUGGCCGAUUUCCUCAAGCCCGAGUACGCCAACCUAUAA